AGCACCAGCAGACAUUUUUGAAUCAGCUGAGAGAAAUUACUGGGAUCAACGAUGCCCAGAUACUACAGCAAGCUUGGAAGCAAUGGAAACUUGGAGUUGGCAGUGGCUUUCCUCACUGCGAAGAAUGCCAAGACCCCUCAGCAGGAGGAGAUAACUUACUACCAAACCGUGCUUCCUGGCAGUGAUAGAUACAUCAGUGUGGGAAGCCAAGCAGAUGCGAGAAAGAAACAGUAUAUGCCCACCAGAACGAGAUGUGCUACAAUUGAGCAAUCAAAGAAUGGAUCAAAAGAUAAGAGGGAUUUGGAUGUGAUUGAUCUCACUGGAGAUGAUAAAGAUGAUCUUCAGAGAGCAAUUGCCUUGAGUUUGGCGGAAUCAAACAGGGCGUUCAGGGAGACUGGAAUGACUGAUGAGGAGCAAGCCAUUAGCAGAACAUGUUUCUUUCUGUUGCAGUCCUUCUGCCUGGAACAUUGAUGAAGCACUAACUUGUUGGCUAUAAGUUACUUCAGUUUGUGUGCAUAUUGCCCUCUACAGUGUGAAUGAGGCUUAUUCAAUAAAUUGAAGAUCUCAAUAGAACAAAAGAACCAGCCCCCGCUGUGCAAGAGAGAAUUUUCCUGAGUAUUGCCUUCAGACAUCAUCUGGAACAUCAACUCUUCCUGGUUCCACAGAAGAGCGCUUUGGACUCCAACUGAAACACUGGCUCUCCUGGGUCACUAACCUCCAGGCUCAUCCUGUAAAUUUUGGAUUUACAAGCCUCCAUAAUUCUGUAAAUGCAAUUCUUUGUAAGUUGUCUCACUCACUCUUUGUCUCUCUCUCUCUCUCUAUCUAUGUAUAUAUACACACACACACAUCCUACUGGCUCUGUUUCUCUGGAGAACCCUGACUCACGCAAAUUUUGUUACUGACAAUGGUUCUAGAGAAUCAGAAUUUUAAACAUGAAUUUUCUGAAUUCGUUCUGGAGUUUCUGGAAUUGAUUAUAUAAGAUGAUUGAGCAUUAAUCUCAUUUAUAGACCUUGAUGACGCUAUUUCCAGUAGUAAAGAGAUCACUAACAGUCUGUGGUGUGACCUGAUGAUAGAGAUAUGCAAAAUAUUACCAUUGGAUACUCCUAAUAAAAUGCUUAUAAUAAGCAAAUGUUUUGAUGACCGUGUAUAUGAUACUUUCAAACAUUUUUAUAAAACUAACAAGUAUAACAAUAUUGGCUUCUUGCUCCUAACAUCAUUGGUUGUGGUUAUUCUCCCAGUUCCAGACUGCGUAGUUGGAAUAGAUAUACUUAGCAGUUGGCAGAAUCCCCACGUUGGUUCCCUGACCUGUGGAGUGGGGCCUAUUAUAAGUCUAAACGGAAGCCAUUAGAACUUACUUUAUGUAGGAAAAUGGUAAAUCAAAAGCAAUACCACAUUCCUGGAGAGGUUACACAGUGCCACCUACAAGGAUUUAAAAGAUGCAGAGCUGAUCAUUCUCACCACAUUAACAUUCAACUCUUCUAUUUGCCAUGUGCGAAGAUGGAUGUUGAAGAAUGACAGUGGAUUAUUGUAAACUUAAUAAAGUGCUGAUUUCAAUCGAA